GAUUCUCUAAAAUUCUUCCUUACGAAUUUGUAGCUAUAAAUUGGUAUUCAUUUCUCUCCUCAUUUUACCAUCUCCUAAUUAGUAAUAACAAUAGUCCAAUUAAGAUAUAUAAGCUAUGGAAACCACAUUAUCUUGCACAAAUUUUGUCACACUCCUCAUUUUUCUUUGUGCUACUUUCUACAAGCUAGACUCAACCUUGGCCGCGGCGGCGGCCAGAGCUGGAGUCAAUCCAGUGUCUAAAAUCGCUACAGGGUUCAUCAGAACAUCUUGUAGCCAAACAACCUACCCAAGACUUUGCUUUAGCUCUCUGUCAAUCCAUGCCCAAAAAAUCCAAACAAGCCCUCAACUUCUAGCCGGAACAGCCUUAAACGUGACACUGUCCUCGGCCAAGGCCACGACCGCCAUGAUGUCAAGGCUCUCAUUGAGCCACGGACUGAAGCCCAGAGAGGUUUCGGCUAUGAAGGAUUGCGUUGAGGAGCUGAGUGAGACUGUAGACGAGCUGAGGAGGUCCAUUGGCGAGAUGAGUAAGCUAAAAGGCCAUAAUGCUGAUUUUAAGCUCAUGAUAAACGACAUUCAAACUUGGGUCAGCGCAGCUUUGACCGAUGAGAACACUUGUUCUGAUGGGUUCCAAGGGAAAACUUUGAAUGGGAAUUUGAAGACUGUCGUUAGAGGCAGAAUUGUCAAUGUUGCACAAUUGACUAGCAAUGCUUUGGCUUUGAUCAACAGAUAUGCUUUGAUUCGUGGAUAGGCUAGAAUUAAAAAAAUAUAUAAUUUAAAUAAUUAGUAUAUUAUUAAGGUUUGGUUAAGUUUGGACCAACUUAAUUAUGAGUUGUUUAAUUGUGUGGCGAGAUUUAGUAGUGUGGUCAUUAACAUUAAGUAUUGUUUUUUUCAUUGCUAUAUAUUUCAACGUGAGAUUAUGAAUGCAAUUCAUUGAUAUA